AUGAGUUUCCACAAGGAGGACGGGAUGGGCAGCUUGUGCCAUAAGGCUCUGCAGAUCAUCUCCGAGCUGUGCCUGGGAGGGAAAGUGGAGCUGGAGAAAUGUUCCGGCAUCUUCCCUCUGGAGACCACCAACCAAGGUAUAAGCAGCACAGACAUUUCCGUCAGCCUGCUAGCAGUUGUUGUCAGCUUCUGUGGACUUGCCUUGCUGUUAGUGUCACUCUUCGUCUUCUGGAAGCUGUGCUGGCCGUGCUGGAGGAGCAAACCAAUGACUUCAAACACCACGAGCAUCCCACAGAGCACCUCCAGCGCUCCCCCUGAGAUUUUGGAAACAAAUGAGAAAAAGGAGCCAAUCAAAGAAAAUGGGAAGCCCUCAGCCAAGAUCCUUGAAGCAGCAAUGAAAAUUAGCCACACUUCUCCUGAUAUUCCAGCAGAGGUCCAGAAUGCACUGAAAGAGCACCUCAUCAAACAUGCUCGCAUGCAAAGGCAGAUCACAGAGCCUACAUCCUCAUCAAGGCACAAUUCUUUCAGGAGACACUUGCCAAGGCAGAUGCAAGUGUCCAGCAUUGAUUUCAACAUGGGGACAGAUCCAGUCUUACAAAGAGGGGAGACAACAACCAGCAUUGGAAGGAUAAAACCUGAGCUUUACAAACAAAAGUCUGUAGAUUCUGAAGGCAAGAAAGAAGAUGUGAAAACCUGUGGGAAACUUAACUUCACCCUCAAAUAUGACUAUGAAAAUGAACUGCUUUUGGUGACUAUUGUCAAAGCCCUGGAGCUACCAGCGAAAGACUUCACUGGCACAUCAGAUCCAUAUGUGAAAAUCUAUCUUCUUCCAGACAGAAAAAAGAAAUUUCAGACACGGGUGCACAGGAAGACUUUAAACCCUAUUUUUGAUGAAACCUUUCAGUUCCCUGUAGCCUAUGACCAACUUUGCAACAGGAAACUGCAUUUCAGUGUAUAUGAUUUUGAUAGGUUUUCCAGACACGAUAUGAUAGGAGAAGUUAUUCUUGAUAACUUUUUUGAAGUCUCUGAUCUCUCCAGAGAGGCAACAGUAUGGAAAGACAUCCACUGCGCCACCACAGAAAGUAUUGAUUUGGGGGAGAUCAUGUUUUCCCUGUGCUAUUUGCCUACAGCGGGGAGGAUGACCCUCACCGUCAUCAAAUGCAGAAAUCUCAAAGCUAUGGACAUCACUGGCUCGUCAGAUCCCUACGUCAAAGUAUCCCUUAUGUGUGAUGGUCGCCGAUUAAAAAAGAGGAAAACAACUACAAAGAAGAACACACUCAAUCCGGUGUACAGCGAGGCCAUUGUCUUUGAUAUCCCUCCAGAGAAUGUGGAACAAGUCAGCCUUGCCAUUGCUGUUAUGGACUAUGACCGAGUAGGACACAAUGAGGUGAUCGGGGUAUGUAGGACUGGCCUUGAUGCAGAAGGACUUGGAAGAGACCACUGGAAUGAAAUGUUAGCAUACCCCCGCAAGCCAAUAACCCACUGGCAUCCCUUAGUAGAGUUGCCAGGCCGAGCAACCAGUUUUGACAGUCAAGGCUCUUGUUCCUCACCUAAACCACCACUCACGCCCUAG